GGCAUUUUUGCUGAUGUAAGAGAUAGCAAAAAUAGCGUGGGGGAAUUAUAGCCUGAAGAAAGAAAUAUUUACAUAUCUGAGUGCAUUAAAAAAACCCCCGCUUACCCGGGGUUUGUGCUCCAUUUUUAUUCUGGGCUCUUUUUGUGGUCGAGGGGUAAAUGCUAAAGGGAGCAAAGUGUGAUGUUUGUACAGACCUAGCUAAUCAGAAACAGGGCGUGCGGAAGAUUGCGUGGGGAACCCAAACAUGCAUUUUGUCCCAGUGGCUGGUUUUAAUCAAUAAUAUUGUAAAUUCGGCUUCUGAGCGGCUGCGGGGAGCAUUCGAGAAAUUACGUCACCUCUCCUCACGGUCCGCUGGUCAGAUGUGACUGCUGAAGUUUGAAUCUUGCCGCUGGUGGCAGAGCGUGACCCUCCCAAAUAAAUACGGGUGUUUCUUCACCUGAUUCCUCAGACCGUCUCUGGGGCUGAGCCUGCUGCGAGGAUGCGAGCGCCGGCUGGGGUGGGGACAGGAGCCCCCGUGCUCCCGUGGCUGCUGCUGCUGCUCUUGCUGAUGUCCCACUCAGCCCACACAGCCAUCCUGGAGGUGAACGGAAACCUGAACUGUAGGUGUGUAAAAACAGCUUCGGACUACAUCAGUCCGAAGAGAUACGAAAGCAUUGAGAUAAGACCUGUGGGAAGCACCUGCAGACGUACAGAGAUCAUAAUUAAAUUAAAAACCUCGGGGAAGGUGUGCGUGAAUCCUGAGGCCCCUUGGGUAAAGAAACUGCUGAAGCGUAUUGCUAGCACGAAGAAAAAAUAAGUUUCCUGCUAAGGAAGUUGGCACUCGGAGCCCCAAGACAGGCUGGCAGAUGAUGCACAGGCGUGCAAACCUGGCUGCUCCUCACUUUGCCCUCGCUUCCCCCUUUCCCAAAAGCCCCAUGUCGGGCCCCGGCGGUGGCCGCUGCAGGGAGGGUGGCUCACUGCUGACCCCAGCCCCGCGGCAGGUUCGUGGGGGAUAUUUCCCCUCUGCAGUCAGUCCCUGGAUCAGCAGCAACGUGAACUCUUCAUUUAUUUACUUGCCUGUAGACUGUGAAGCCUUUCUGCCAGGGGCUGUUCCCGUCUCUGUAGGGGGGUGACUUUGCAACUCUUUCUGUGCGAAGCACUCAUCGACAGAGUGUGUGUCUGGGUUUUUUAUUACACAGUGUGGCAUGUCCUGUCCUGAGAGCUCAAGUCAAAUAAAAUUCAGGGCUUUUUCUUCUGU